AUGGCCGAAGACUACUCUAAUUCGAGGGGGAUGGACGACAGUUCUGUCAGAAACAGACUGCUUCAACAUCUAAACAGAAUGCUAGAACAAUUUGAUAAGAGCAUUAGAGACUUUGAUCUACCAGAAAUGACAGCUGAGCAAGAAGAUGGUCUACGAGUGCCGAGCUGUAUUGAAGAUGAACAUUCUAUUAAUGUCCCUCAAGAAGAUAUUGAUGCAAUUGGUCGACUCAACAAUGACCAAAUGAUGGCAUUUAACACCAUACUGGAUGCGGUCGUGAGAAGAGAAAGUGCAUUAUUUUUUGUUGAUGGUCCUGGAGGAACUGGGAAGACGUACCUAUACCGUGCAUUGUUGGCAAAGUUAAGAAGCAUGAAUCAUAUAGUCCUGGCAACUGCAUCAUCCGGAAUAGCAGCAACUAUCUUGCCCGGCGGGAGAAUAGCUCACUCUAGAUUCAAGAUCCCACUUGAUGUAAAAGAUCCGACAUCCAUGUGUUCCAUAGAAAAACAGUCUCCACUGGCACAAUUGGUACGAGAUUCCACUGCAAUCAUCUGGGAUGAGGCACCUAUGACAAAUAGACACGCCUUUGAAGCACUUGAUAGAACUUUCUGUGACAUAAUGGGCGUAGAAAUUCCAUUCGGUGGAAAAAUAAUGAUUUUCGGGGGAGAUUUUCGUCAAGUCCUUCCUGUUGUUCCUAAAGGAACAAGGUCUCAACUAAUUGAAGCCUCCAUUGUGAAAUCAGCAUUUUGGGCACAAGUAAGGAUAUUGAGAUUGAGACAAAAUAUGAGAUCCAUAAAUGACCCCCAAUUUGCAGAGUUUCUACUUCGUGUUGGUGAUGGGAGUGAACAUGUCAUCGAUGACGAAAUGAUAAGAUUACCGGAAUGCAUGUGA